CCGGAAGCACUAUGGCCUCCAAAGAUCCGCCCUCUGCCUCCCCUUUAUGUUAGUUUUGUUGUGGCUGGUGAAGUGUGUAUUGCGGUGCUGUGGAAGCUACAAAAUGUUCCCGGGGUGAAGACAGCCUUUCUUAUCGGUCCGUGAUGUCUAAACUGCAGGCGGUGAAGGCGCUCGUGGCCGAGAGACUGGCGGCGGCGGCGGAGGAGAUACUCGGCGCUGUCGAGAAGAUGCUGCUGCACACGUCAGAUAUGCCACCUGAACAGCAGAGGGCAGCUGUACACAAGCGGCUGGCGGUGGUUGCUGAAGAGAUCUCCAGGAUCCUGGAGAUGAUGAUGGGCAAAUACGCCGACGCAGAGGACUCGUGUUCCCACAAGGAGUUCGAACAUCAACACCUGCUGCUGGACAGCACGUUGAAAAUGGAGGCAGGUGUACAGCAAGCAGACAAACUGCCAAUCUCUGGGUCGGACUGUGAAAAGGACGUUUCCUCUGAGCACAGAAGGAGCUCCAGUCAGCUCCAGAAAACACCAAAUCCACCACAGAUUAAAGACGCGUCUACGGAAACAGACUGUAGGCCCUCACAUCUUCGCCAAAUACACAGAGCAGAAAAGGGCACUUCAACUAUGAUGGAAACAGAGCUGCUGUCCCCUAGCGACAAGGUUCUCUCAUCCGACAACUCAGGAGUUGCGAGUGAAGACAAUGAGAUAAAUGAGAAACCUCUGAAAUCAAUGAAAAAAACAUUUCAAAUACAAAGCCAGGGCGAGGAUUGUUGCAAAAUGUGUGGAAGGUCUUUCCACAAAAGUGUCACUGGGAAAAAUAAAACAAACCGGGAAAACAUUUCUAUAACAAACAAGAGCCAAACUACAGGACAGAGCUGUUGCAGAGUUUGUGGAAAGCUUUUCCGGUACAAGCGUUCUUUCCUGAAACACGUUCUGACGCACGGACAGAGCUCCGGUGUGUGUGGAGCCUGUGGGAAGCUUCUUGACUCCGACGAGAGCUUGAAGACGCAUUUACAAACCCACAGCGAAGACGUCUUCAGGGAGCAAACGGAUGACAAACGAUCAGAGGCAGAGGGCUCUGACGCUGACAGCAAAGUGGGUGACAGUGAUGAGGAGUGGAAGGACAGUGAAGCCAGUGACAGCGAUGAUGGAGACAGUGAGAAAGAUGAGACCAAAGACAGACGUUGUUUGCAAAAGUCCAAAACAAAAGCACCGAGCAAACCUAAAAAUAAGGAUGACAAGGAUGUAUUGCAUUGGAAAUACUGCUGUAAAGUGUGUGGCAAGUCUUUCUGCUACAGAGCCUCUUUUUUGAAGCAUGUGCAAGAAGACGAGGAGGAUGCAGAUCUUUGUGGUGUGUGUGGGAAACGUUUUGAGUCCGAGGACGGCUUAAGGCUUCACUUGCAAACUUACAUCCGAACGAAUGACUGUGACGUUUGCGGCAAACACUUUGACGGCCACAAACAACUGGAGAUGCACAUGAGGACCCACACAGGAGAGAAGCCGUACAUUUGCUCCGUCUGCGGCAAGGCGUUCGCUCAAAAUGGAAACCUAAUGGGACACAUGAGAGUUCACACGGGGGAGAAGCCGUACGUUUGCAGCGUGUGCGGUCAGAACUUUAGCUUUAAAGAAUACAUGAUGGCUCACAUGAGGAUCCACACGGGGGAGAAGCCGUUCCUCUGCAGCGUCUGCGGGAAAGGCUUCAGACAGAGGGGGACUCUGAAAACACACAUGAUGAUCCACACCGGAGAGUCCACGCACCGAUGCAGCGUAUGUGACAAGAAGUUCUACAAGAGCGGAGCGCUGAAGAUCCACAUGAGGUCGCACACGGGAGAGAAGCCGUAUCUGUGCAACGUUUGUGGGAAAAGCUUCACGGCGAGCGGCUCGCUGACCAAACACAUGGGCGUCCACCAGGGGGAGCGAACGGAGGGCUGCGGCGUCAGCGCCAAAGGGUUCGCGAGGAAGGAGGAUCUGGAAAAACAUGUUCAGACUCACGGGGACGAGUCCACGCAGCUGACAAGUCUUUAAUGCCUUUUUAAAGGAAUGGUUGAUCGUUUUCAUUUUAGAAUAGAAAUCAUGACACCCCUAGUUGCAGCCCUGAUCUAAUGACAUCGUGUGCGCCUAUAUUAUGUUCAUUUUCAGGUUCACAAUUGUAUUUUGAGGUUGUACCAGAAUAGGGUUCCAUGAUUUUAUUUAAAAAAAAAAAUUAAAAUAAAUUGUUGUACUGCACACUGCUGCAUAUCCUAUUCAUGCAGAUGUAAAACCUUGUAGUGUAGGAAUUCUGGCCUUGCAGGUGUUACAUUUAAUAAUUAGUAAAUAAUGUGUCCACGUAAGUACACAUUUAAUGAAAGAAAGAUAAAGGAAAGUCUUUGAUGGAACUAUUGUGAUCAGUUCUCUUGUUUCUGAAGCUACCUUUUUUAGUUUUUAAAAUGAACUUCAGUGGUGACUAAUGAAUCUGAUAUCAGCAAGAUAUGAAUGAAUUUAAAGGAAAAAUCCACAAUGGUUUGUUUGGUAAACCAUGGAUCUGAUGUUCAGAGAAUCAGCAGUGCACCGCAAAAUCAGAUAAAUAUUUCCAGUCAUACGUCUGAAAGAUACAAGAUCUCAAGUACUAUAUGCAUGUCUUAGUUUGACCACUUACAAAAUCAUUAUAGAUUGCAAGGUUAUGUUUUCAAGUUUGACUAUAUGGAGAGAUGAAAUUUUUUUUUUUAAAUUCUGUUUUUAGUCAGUGUUUUUAAUUGUUUUCCUUUACUUUAGAACUUGAGUUCUAUUCAUUUCACAACUUUGAAUUCCAAAGUCUCUCGAGAUGGUGCUGCAGUGUAUAAUUUAUUAUUGUCAAUAAAUGCAGAAAAUCUGUUCUAUUGUCAUUGACUGACUAAUGUUAGUAUGGGUUUGAAGACGCAACCUCAGAACAAUUUCUUUAUGUGUUUAUAAUUAAAAUUUGUAUGUUGAAUGACGUCAUUAAAAAAGUCAUAAAAAGACAAUAUUUGUAUGUUGAAUGAAGUUAUAAAAAAAGUCACAGUAUUAAAAGUAUGUUGGAAAAAGUCAUAAAAACAGCCAUAGUAUAGUAUGUCGAAAUUGUCAUGAAAAGUCAUAGUACAGUAAGUUGAAAAAGUCAUAGUAUAUUAUGUAAUGGUAUAGUAUGUUAAAAAAACUCGUAGUAAUGUAUGUCAAAUGAAGUCAUUAAAAGUUACAGUAUCUGUAAAAAAAAAAGUCAUAGUAUAGUGUGUCAACAAAUGUCAAAGAGCUCAUUAUAGUAUAUGUCAAAAAAAGUUAAAAAAAAAAAGACACAUGUCACAAAAAUCAUAAAAGUAAUUUCAUAGUAUUUAAAAAAAAAAAGUCAUAGUAUGUGAAGUAGAAGUAUGUGGAAAUAAGUACAAUACUGUGUCAGAAUAAGUUAAAAGUACAGAAAGUACAAAAUGUCAAAGAAAUCAUAAAAAAAGUAAAAGGAGAACUGUUUAAGUCAUUUGUCAUGCAAAAAUAUUUCAAAACAUUUAAAUGUAUUUGUAAAAAUGUUGAGGUUGGGACUGUUGGCUGGAUAAAACAAACGGUACGUUGGGCUCUGGGAAGUGGUCAUGCCAUUCCUCACUGUUUUCACAAUUUGUACAAACCAAACAACCCAUUAAUGGAUAAAAUAACCAGCAUAUUACUCCAUAAGAAAAAUAAUUAUUUUGAUAGCCGUUUUUUUUCUCAACCAACUACAACACUAAAAUGCUGCUUCUAUUAAAAGCAUGUGUAAAAACACUAUUGUAUAGUGUAAUAUACAUGUUUAUUUGGUUCGGCUUAGAGUACUUUUACUUUUUAUACAUUUUCUUGUUCAUACUUUUAAGUAACUGAGUAACUUGAGGGACUGAUACUUGUUUUUUUACAGUGUGGUAUGAGUACUUUUACUAAAGUAAAGGAUCUGAAUACUUUCUCCACCGCUGCUAGUGUUGAAUCUAACGACCUUUACGCCAGAGAGAAGGACAGGAGAGGCUUUUAUUGUGAAGCAGAAUAACACUUUUGAAAUGUGACCUCUCUCUGUUUUGAUGACCUCAGAUUUGACAAACACAAGGUGUGUCAUGAUUGAAACCAUGACACAGCAAAACAUACUGUUGCAAAAACAUAAACCCACAGACGUUCAAUUUAAACACAAUUUAUUUUUUCUGCUUAAAUAAUUACUUGGAUCAUCCAGUGUAGGCUAUGUUGGUUCAUCAUACAUGUUGGUACCAGAUUUAUCAUCAACAGUGGAUGCUUAGGGUGGCUUUGUAUGAAAAAAGACAGACAUCAUUUUCUUUUUAAAAUUACACAGAAACGGAAGAUCGGCUGUUUAACAAUGUGUGAUCGAUACUGUGAUUAAGCCAUUAA